UGACUGAUAACACGUAUGAUCUGUGCAUGUGACAGUUGAAGAAUAAUUUUACAUUUAGUUUUGAUUUUGUGCGGAUCGACGGAAAGUUAUUUUAAUUCAACAUGGUGCUAGACAAAGAUUUAGAAGCUAUUUUUAGUUACAUUCAGGCUCAUCAAAAAGAAUAUAUUCAAGAUCUAGCUGAAGCUGUAGCUAUUAAAAGUGUGUCUGUAUGGCCAGAGACUAGAGAUGAAAUUACAAAAAUGAUGAAGUUAAUUAGCAAGUAUUUGGAAGCUGAAGGAACUACUGUUGAAUUGGCAGAUAUAGGGAAUCAAACUCUUCCAGAUGGAACUGUCUUAAAAUUACCUCCAGUAUUAUUAGGCCAAUUAGGAAGUGAUCCAAAAAAGAAAACUGUGUGCAUUUAUGGACAUCUUGAUGUUCAACCAGCACAUAAGGAGGAUGGUUGGGAUACAGAGCCAUUUGUUUUAACUGAAAAAAAUGGAAAAUUAUAUGGACGAGGUUCAACUGACGAUAAAGGACCUGUUCUUUGUUGGAUACAUGCAAUUCAAGCUUAUCAUAGAACUGGAAGGAAAUUACCUGUGAACAUAAAGUUCUGUUUUGAAGGGAUGGAAGAGUCUGGUUCUGAAGGAUUAGAUAAACUUGUUGAUGCUCGAAAAGAUACAUUUUUUAAAGAUGUUGACUAUGUUUGCAUUUCUGAUAAUUACUGGCUUGGAACAAAAAAGCCAUGUCUGACUUACGGUUUAAGAGGAAUAUGCUACUUUUUUAUUGAGGUUAUCUGUUCCCAAAAAGAUCUACAUUCUGGUGUUUAUGGUGGAACAGUUCAUGAAGCAAUGACAGAUUUAAUAGCUUUAAUGGGAAGUUUAGUAAAUGAAAAAGGUGAAAUACUUAUUCCUGGAAUUAUGGAUGAUGUAGUACCUGUGACUGAAGAUGAGAAGAAAAUUUAUGAAAAUAUUGAUUUUGACAUUAAUGAAUAUAGAAGUGAAGUAGCUGCAAGUCGAUUAUCUCGUCAUACAAAGGAAGAAGUAUUGAUGCAUCGUUGGCGUUUUCCUUCUCUCUCUCUUCAUGGAAUAGAAGGAGCAUUUAGUGAUUAUGGAUGCAAAACAGUUAUUCCAAGAAAAGUAAUUGGAAAAUUUUCCAUUAGAAUAGUACCCAAUCAGAAACCAGAAGUGAUAGAAAAACUAGUUGUGGAAUAUUUGGAUAAAGUAUUUGAAAAACGAAAUAGUCCUAAUAAUUACAGGUCUUAUUUGUUUCAUGGAGGUAAUCCUUGGAUGAGUGAUCCUAAUGAUCCAAAUUUUGUAGCUGGUCGAAAAGCAAUAAAGACAGUUUUCGGGGUGGAUCCAGAUUUAACUAGAGAAGGAGGAAGUAUUCCUGUAACAUUGACUCUACAGGAGGCAACUGGAAAGAAUGUGAUGCUAUUACCUGUUGGAGCAUGUGAUGAUAGUCCUCAUUCUCAAAAUGAGAAACUUGACAUUUAUAAUUAUGUUAUGGGGACAAAAGUAAUGGCUAGUUAUCUUAGUGAAAUUGCAAAAGUUUAAGCUUUCAUGUUACAAAUAAAUAUGUUGUUUCUUACAAAUGAAUAAAUUAUAAGUGAAAAUUUUAUAAGUAAACUGAAUUUGUUGGACAAAAUAAAGGUUUAAAAUUUUCUAUUUAUAAACUUGAAAGUUUUUAAUUGAAAAUAUGGUAUAUAAGACUAAAAUUUAUGUAUUUUAGUAUUUUUGUAGAAAAACCACUCAUUAGAAUUCUUUCAAAUUUGUUAUUUUUAUACAUGGGCUUUCAAAUGAAUACUAUCAUUUUAAAUUACAGUAAUUAUGUUAUUAUCUGAAAAGUAUGUGACAUACACUAGUUAACAGUGUGUGUCAGUUUCAUCUCUCAUCUGCAUUCAAACAUCUUGUUGUCUACUACCUCUAGGAAGUAAUGUAAAAUAAAAUGAUGACACUGCAGUAUAGAGGACAUCUUGUGUUUUAUGAAGGCAAAAAUCUAUCCUAGAAAGUCUAAAAGGCAGAUUACUCAUCAUUGUACAAUAUGAUUAAUCUGCAGGAACCAUAGAAUUUGUGGUUGCUGUGGAAGGAGU